CCGGCGGCGACUUCUUUGAAGAACUCGUGCAGACGGCGCCAACCUUCCGGCAAAUGUGAAAAAUCCUGGGGGCAGUGCCAAGCUCUACACAACACUGGUCACUUCCUUCAGCGUCGCCGCCACAACAAUAGAGAUACAUACAUACAUCUUUUUUUAUACGCUCCAUCCAGUUCUGGCAGAACCUGACUUGAGGGGAACUUUCUUCUUCCGGGUGCCGCUCAAGUGGAUCGGAUUGACGCAGUUUUUUUUCUUUUUUUUUCAAUAGAUGCGCUUUGGAAGAUCUUAAAAGCUCCCCAACUACUGGGUUCCAAUCUCCAGUCACCUCACCAUUUUUCGAGCGUCGACAAACAUCAAACUUCUUAUCAUAUUUAUAUAUCCACCAACAAUCUGUCUAAAACUCUUUCUCCUUACGCGAUGGCCCCUCAUGAUCACCAGACAGGCCAUCCGAUGGGUGGUGGGAGAAAACUGAACCCCCCACGGAUUAUGACCUUGCCCCCCCACCAGGACUAUGUUCAUCCCACUCGUCCCACCUCUCUCCGCCAUUCUUCUUAUUGUCAGCAAGACUCGCCAGACCAGAAGUCCUACCAGCCUCUCCGAAAAUCGCAGUAUCCCAGUCCAUCUAGCGCCAUGGAGCCUCCUAGGUCUGCCCAAUCAUCUCAUCCAACACUUUCAGCUGGCAGCACUUCCUCUGCCAACGAGCCCGUUUACAAAUAUGCCUCGGCGCCCAACAACGAGGCUUCUGCCCGUAAGGAAAAUACGUAUUCGUUAACUGUCUUCCAGCAGCCCCGUCAGGCUCGUAUGGUAGGCAGUGGAGAAAAAGCAGAUCGUCGACCCGUUGAUCCUCCACCGAUCCUAAGAUUCGAGGUGUCUCAUUCGUCGAACAAAAACAGCGCAGACAUGACCUUACUACGCUCCCCCUACUUCCUAUGCUACUGCACAUUAUGUGAGGGCAAUGCACCCUACAAAGAACUCUACGGGAUCCCGCAUUCCAAUAAACCCUACAUGGUCGGCAACAUCGUCACCUCCAUGUUCCAGCUCCGCGCGGGCAAAAAGGACAAAAAUACUCAUAUCCCCGAAGGCCAUUAUUUCGUCUUUCACGACUUGGGAAUUCGCGUCGAGGGAUGCUAUCGGUUCAAGUUCAGUGUAUACGAGAUUGUGGACAGAAAAGUGUAUCUUUGUAAAUCGACGAUGAGCGACAAGUUCCAAGUAUUUCCACCGAAGGAUUUCCCAGGGAUGAACGAAUCGACGGCGAUGUCGAACUACAUGGCGGCGCAAGGCUUACGGAUGCGGGUGCGGACGAAGAGUCUGAACGUGCCGAGCCUGAACGGCAACUUCGAGUGCGUGAAGACUGGCUCGAAGAAGCCAGCCAAGAGGAAGUCAGCCAGCGAGGGCGAGAAGCCCGGCGCCCGAAAACUCCAUCUCCAUCAUCACCCCAAACUGCCCAAGAACAGUCUCCCUCAAUUCUACCAUCAUCAUCCCGCCGACAUCAAGCCCAUCUCCCCGCCGGAAAUUCCCUCGAGUCUCGAAGGCCACAAGCCCCGCUUCUCGCUCCCCUCUCUGCCCAUGAUGUUGAGCGGCUUCAAACCCGAAUCGAGCUCUAGAAAUCCCCUCUUCUCCACUGAUCCUCACAGCAGAUAGCACCCCUAAAAAACCCCUAUCUAUUCUCAUUCUUGCCCCCUUGGUUGCCGCCUCCAAACAUAAUACUUGAGCGAUCAAUCCAAGCCAUCGAGUUAUAGACUCGAUCCGCUCCACCUCUCCAUCAAACACCACCCCCUUCCCUUCGACUGCUGGAUUCUCUUGGUGAUUGGGCGAUUGUGUGGGCUGUGACUGCAUACGCAUCGUUGUGUAGUCCUUUGGCCUUGCCUUGUAAAUAUGACAACAGUUCCAAUCUUAAUCAGGUUUCGAGAUACCUACUACCACUUUAUCUAUAUGCUUACUGAUUCCCAUAUUUAUUGAUCUCUCACAAGACACCCCUACCCUCCAUCUGAUCAAAAUCUGUCCCCCCCCCAUAGGUCUUCUUUUUUUAUAUAUUGCAUGUCUCCUCACAAUGUUUAUUUGUUGGAUUCAGGAAAGUGAUCAUGCAAAAAAAAAAAAAAAAAAAAAGAUCAUGUGUCGAUCAACGCUUCAUCGAGCUCAUCAUCUAUCUGUAUCAUAUAUAAACAUGAAAACAAAAGUGAGCUGAAAAGAGAGGAGAUGCAUCGCACAGAUUGUAAGCACUGCAAAGUGAGAAUUCAG